AUGUCAUUUCUCUUCAAAUAUUCUGCAGUUCUGUGGAUUAUUAAGACGCGUGAGCGCUGUCACAGAUUGAAGAGAGAGAAGAAGAAGAUGUUUAAGUAUGAGAAGACAGAUUAUAAGACAUGUUAUGAUGCCUUGAAGAGGCUCUAUGAGAAGAAGAAGAAGAAGAAGAAGAAGAAGAAGAAGAAGAAUGAGAAGUGA